AUGGAGCCCGAGCUCACUAAUGCAGAGUUAGAUCACUUUCUAGCUUCGCGAGAUCCUUUGGAGACAGCUUUGGUGUAUGGGGAAGACUUGAUGAUUGAUGCAGAAGUCGAGGAGUGUCUUAGCAUCCUUGACACUUCAUGUGCUUAUCUACGAGCAAACACACCAUUUGAGGAGCUAGACAGACCAGAGUCAUGGAAGAAGCCGAAACCAUCUAUUGAAGAGGCUCCAGUUCUUGGGUUGCAGCCAUUACCCCCUCAUCUUAGCUAUUCAUUCCUGGGCAGUGGAGAUACAUUGCCUGUAAUCCUCUCUGCUUAUUUGACUAAUGUGCAGGUUGAACGUGUGUUACGAGUGCUAAAAGAUCGAAUCCAAGCCCUUGGGUGGUCGAUAGCUGAUAUUCAAGGUAUUAGUAGUUCGUUUUGCAUGCACAAAAUCUUAUUAGAGGAGGACAACAAGCCUAGUGUUGAAUGCCAGAGACGACUAAACCCGAUCAUGAAGGAGGUGGUGAAGAAAGAGGUAAUCAAGUGGCUUGACAACUGCAUUAUUUAUAACAUCUCUGACAGCAAAUGGAUGCUCGAUAGAUUGGCUGGGCAUGAUUAUUAUUACUUCUUGGAUGGCUAUUCGGGCUACAACCAGAUAAUGAUUGCACCUGAGGAUCAAGAGAAAAUCACAUUCACAUGUCCAUAUGGCACGUUUGCAUUCCGGAGGAUGCCUUUCGGUUUGUGCAAUGCUCCAGGUACUUUCCAGCGAUGUAUGAUGGCUAUUUUCACUGAUAUGGUGGAAAACUAUGUAAAGGUAUUUAUGGAUGACUUCUCUAUUUUUGGAAAUUCUUUUGAUGACUGCUUGAACCAUCUUGAUGACGUGUUAGCUUGUUGUGAAGAAACGAACUUGGUACUUAACUGGAAAAAAUGCCAUUUCAUGGUUCGAGAAGGCAUUGUUCUUGGGCACAAGAUAUUGAGCAAUGGAAUAAAGGUUGACAAGGCGAAGAUUGAAGUAAUUAAAAAAUUUCCACCACCUGUUUCAGUUCGGGGAGUGCACAGUUUUCUUUGA